CCUCUGUUCUCUUCCUCUGCUUUCUUCCUCUGUAUACCUUUCAACAAUGGCUCUUUCCAACUCUUAUCCACACCUUUUCAACGUCAUCAUCUUCUUCCUGCUGCUAAUCACGAAUGCCGAGUCUGUUUUCUUCAACUUUACCUCUUUCCAUCCUAACAUGGUUGACAUACAAUUCGAAGGGGAUGCAUUUCCAUCCAGUAAUGUUCUGCAGCUCACAAAGAAUCAAGUUGAUGGUCCCCUCGCUGGCAGCAUAGGCCGAGCGUCGUAUAACAAACCGGUGAAGAUUUGGGAUGCAGGAACAGGAAAGCUUACAGAUUUCACCACCCAUUUCUCAUUUAUCAUGAAACAACUUGAUGCCCAAAUAUAUGGUGAUGGCAUAGCAUUCUUUAUUGCACCAUUUGAUGCGAGGCUUCCUCAGAAUUCAAGUGGGGGUUACCUUGCACUAUUCAGCAAUGAUACUGCCUUCAAUUUCUCGAGCAAUCAGAUUGUUGCGGUUGAGUUUGAUAGCUUCAGGAAUGAAUGGGAUCCGAGCUCUGAUCACGUAGGAAUCAAUAUCAACUCCAUCAUCUCAGUAACAAAUGUGACAUGGAAAAGUAGCAUUAAAAACGGAUCAAUAGCAAAUGCUUGGGUAAGUUAUAACUCCACCACUCAAAAUCUAAGUGUUUAUCUUACAUACGCUGAAAAUCCAAAAUUUGGUGGGGAAUCUAGCCUUUCAUAUAUUGUUGAUUUGAGGAAGUUGUUGCCGGAAAGGGUUAGAUUUGGUUUCUCUGCAGCAACUGGAGAAGUGAUAGAAAUACAUAACCUUCUUUCCUGGUCAUUUUACUCAACCUUGGUGGAUGAGAGAAAUCUCUUAUAA